AUGGAAUCGUUUGCGGUGAAGGCUGAUGACAAAAAGAAGAGCAGGAAGGCGCGAAGUGAUAUGCAAGACUGGACACUUUUUCCUUUGUAUCUCUCGGCAAAUGCUUGGCAGAAGGUCAUGGACCGAUCGGUUCGCAGCCUGCAGUGCGUGGAUUGCAUCAUCUCUGAGCUCCACGCCCUUGGCCUACGGCACCCGUCUGAACCAACGCAGGCGACGCUUUGUGGCUUGUUGGUGCACAGGGAAGAACCCGACAUGCGUCAAAAGCUAGGAGAAAGUGCUGAUCAGUUGAGAAGCUUGUACCUGACCGUGAAGAACUGUGUUCAAAGCAGGCUUCAAAAGUUGAAGUUCGGCGAGGACACUCUCAACGGUGACGAGUAUGUGACCGAGCUCCCUUCAGAGAUUGCUUCAUGUCCCCCUGGUCUGAAAGCGAAGAUCGGGGCAGAGCUGGUGCCUCCAAAGAUAGAGUUGAUGGACAUUUUCCGCAUUGCAAAAACGGUUUGCAUGCGCGGCAAUCGUUCAAAAGGCCAGCACACGACGAACACGAUGACCCUGCUGGAUGGGAACUCUAUUGAAGGGCAAUGGCAGCGCAUGAUGAUGUUUGUGGCUGCCAUGAAUGGCAAUGUCUGUGGUUCCAAGCUCCAUGCAGGAUCAUCUUUGACUUUAUUGGAGCAGCCCAAAAAAGGGCUUCCAGGUCUCUUGGACAGGGCAUCCAGCACUGAAUCGUUGCCUUCUCCUGCCCCUGCUCUCCUUGCUUUGGCGAACACUCCGGCCAACGAGGCCUUCGAGAACAAAGCCAAGACAGAAGCUUUGGCAAACACUCCGGCCAACGAGGCCUUCGAGAACAAAGCCAAGACAGAAGCGGCGGCGCAAUCGCCUGACGCCACGGAAAUGGAUGGAGAGCCAGGGAAAAUGGAGCCUGGCUUGAAUGCCCAGCCACCUUUGCCCACUGACCACUUGAAGAAAGACGAGCCUGAGUGCACGAAGCCGGCCAAUCAGCUGCGCCGAAACAGCUUGAGCUUGAUGGAGAGCAUUGGCCGGUUUCGUGAGGCAAAGGAUGCAAAGACAGAAAUAGGUGGCCCCUCAACGGGAGAAUCCAAAGCGAAAGCCAAGUCCAAGGCUGUGAAGUCAAAGACAAAGCCUGUGCUGAAACGACCCUCUGCCCAGAAGGUCGUGAAACGCAAGGUGGUGACAGGGAAGGACAAGCAAGACUUCUUGAAGGGAAUUCCCAAAAACGUUUUGCAGAAGUUCAAGAAUGGAUGUGGCAGGAAGCGCGCGGAGGGCUUGGAAGCCUUUGCAGAGCCAGUGCUAGAGCCGACGAUUGGGGACAAAGCUGAAGAGCCUAAGAUUGGUGAUGAUGAGGCUUGGUCGGAGAAAAGUGAACUUCCGAACAGUCCUGCUUCAGCUGACCCAGUUCAAAGCGCUUUGGACGAAAAGCAGGAAAGCCUUGACAGUCCUGAAGUCAAUGACCCUUACCUGGAGCCUGCAGCGUCAUCGUCGGCUACACAGCAAAAUCUGGACGAGCUCCGGUGCUUGGCUUUGGAAAUGCAGCGCCGAGAGGCGGUGGCACAAAUGGCUGCAGCACAGGGCUUGAGCAAGCGCAAGAUGGCUGAAGCCUUAGGUCUUGGCAAAAGACCACGUGGAGGGAGGCAGCUGUGGCAAAAGUUGCUGCCCCAAUACGGCAUGACCAUCCUUUCAAAUGGACAAGUCCUGGCUGGGGACACUAGCCACAUGUCUCCUGUUCCGACUGAGCUCCUCCUGGCCCUGUCGGCGGUGCUGAACCGUCGCCGUUCACAAGUGGACCUGGAACGCCAGGCCACGCCCAAAGAGGGGGCAGAGUCUGAGUCUCUGGACGAUGAUGAGUUGGCUGAAGAGUCCAGUGAUGGCGAGAAGACUUUGCGUCUUGGAGAGUCACCGGCGAAGCCAGGGCAGCCUGCGUUGUCUUCAAAGGCGGCAAGUUCUAGCCAGGCUGAGAAACGCCAGGGGGAAAGUGGAACGAGCCAGGACCCAGAACCAGAGAAGGAACCCGCUGCAAAGAAGAAACGCAGCAAUACAAAAGAGAAACGGAAGGCGAAGAAGUCCGGCAAGAAGCCGUAG